GCAAAAAAAGAUGUUAAGAAAAAAGGUAAAUUGCGAGAUACUCUGUCGAACAAAGAAAAGAAGCCAGCUACACGAGAAGGUCCAAAGAAAAAAGCAAAAUCUCCUGCGACGAUGAUUACGACUAACAAGGGUAAAUCGAAGGCAAUACAAGUAAAGAAGAAUACCACCAAAAAAGCUGAGGAAAAGAAAGCUCCACAAUAUCAGCCGAGUAUGGUCGAAAAGGCUGCUAACCUUUACCCAGACAAUUAUUGGAAAUUCCAUGCCGAAAGCAACACCGGAAUGAUAAAUUAUAUUAACGAAGAACAUCAACUCGAAUUGAUAAACGUGGAUGUGCGUGAUCAAGGGCCAAUCACUGGUAUGACACUUUCUCCCGACGGUGCAAUGCUCGUGACGUUUUGUAAUGUAGGAUGUGCAAAAAUAUGGGAUACCGCCGACUUCAAAUUAAUUCAAAAAUUAAGAGACACAGAGGAAGUGAAUAUUGAUGAAUUCUUCGUUGGUAAAUUCAUUCCUGAUCACACUCGCAUGGCAAUUGGUGGUAAAUUGAAAGAUCGUCAUCAUUGGUCAAAAGAUGAUGAUGAUAAUCAUAUCCUACCGUGUCCUCUUAAGAUUUUUGAUGUUAUUACCGGGAAAGUUAUCGCAAGACUUGAAGGUCACACAGAAGAAAUAUUAUGUGUAAAAACUGUUAUAUAUAAAGGCGCACCAUAUUUCUUAACGACAAGUCAAGACGGAUAUAUCAUAAAGUGGAAAAUGCGCGAUGAUUGGACUACGCUCAUUAGUAAACAACCGAUGGUUGAUGGUUUAACAUGCAUGGCGUUUACUGUUUCAUUUGUUCCAAACACUGCCAAUAGGUAUUUUAUGGCAGCUACUGACGAACACGUUCGAUUAUACGAUUUUGAUGCAGCACAGCUUAUGCAAACCUUUUCGGGAAACAUGUAUUCACAAUACUGUGAUUGUGGUAAAUUCAUUUUUCCUAUCGAACCAUUAGAAGAUGAAGAUAUUAAUAACGAUAGUGUAGAAGAAUGCAAUAGUAAAUCUAAAAAAAAGCAAGUUAGCCAAAAAUUCGCAUAUUUUGUUACCCGUGGUGUAGAAAUUUUAGAUGCAGAAGGUGGAAAAAUAGGUGAUGCGUCACGUGCAAAUGUGUGCAUUUUGCACAAAUUGAUAUAUCCAUCUAAAAAAGGGCAACCAUUUGAACUUAAAGAAGUGCGAAGGUUUGGACAUAAAGAUUAUCAUUCCAACUCAUGGCUUAUAAAAAUUUCAUCAAAUGGUCGCUAUAUCGUGGCUCCAACAAUGACUGGACAUGUCUUUAUAUUCAGCUUAAGGACUGGGAAGGUUACAGCCAUAUUAAGAGAUCAUGAAGACCUAGAAGUUAGAGACGUAAUAUUUCAUCCAUGGAAGCCUCUGUUAUUCACUAGUGCUGAUG